CGAAAGCCCCGGAACUGUUCCGGGUAUUCUUCUCCUCUGGCCCGCCGCGGCCAAGCCAAGAUCCUAACCGACUGCCUCGUACCGAUAACCGCGUCACGCCACGCGGCGCUCUCAGUCCAGGGAACUCACCAACGGCCGCAGCCCCGUCGCAUGGAGCGGAGGCACCCGCAGAUCGCGCCGUCGCCGCCGGUGUCGCGGCGGAAGGCCGCGGCGGCGGCGAGCCAGGAGUGGCUGGUGGUGCCGGCGGCGGGGGAGCGGCGCGCGGGGGAGUUCGGGAGGCACCGGAUCAUGGAGAUGACGGGGCUCCCGGCCCGCGACCUCCGCAUGCUCGACCCGCUCCUCGCCUACCCGUCCACCAUCCUCGGCCGCGACCGCACCAUCGUCAUCAACCUCGAGCACGUCAAGGCCAUUGUCACCGCCGCCGAGGUGCUCGUCCGCGACCCCAGCAACCCGCGCCUCCGCCCCUUCCUCCAAGAACUCCACGCCCGCCUCGCGCUCCCGGAUGCGGCUACCACGAAUCCGGCAACCGGCAGCGGAACGUGCCAAUCUCCGGCAAUCUCCGGCAGCUCCAAGAUCCCGCCCUUCGAGUUCAAGGUGCUCGAGGUCUGCCUCGAACACACAUCCAAGUGCAUGGAAACCGAGACGUCGGUCCUCGAGAGCGAGGCGUAUCCGGCCUUGGACGAGCUGACCACCAAGGUUAGCACGAGCAACCUGGACGACGUCAGGCAGAUCAAGAACCGCCUGGUCCAGCUAUCAGGCCGCGUGCAGAAGGUGAGGGAUGAUAUCGAGCACUUGCUAGACGACGACACGGAUAUGUGCGAGAUGUAUCUGACGAGGAAGCUUGCGUUUCAAGGAGUCACCAACGAGUCGUCGGUUAAUGUGGAUUCCAACAAGCAUGCGCCCCCUGAUCAUGGUCAUGAUCAUGAGAAGGAGGAAGAAGACCGUGGCGGUGAUACGGCGAGCUCCCAUGGAAGUUCUGCUUGUGUUAAGCCUCAUGUUGAAGAGUUGGAAAUGCUUCUUGAAGCUUACUUCGUGGAGUUCGAUGGCACGCUGAACAAGUUAUGCCAUCUCCGCGACUAUGUGGACAACACUGAAAACUACAUCAACCUGAUGCUGGACAAGAAGCAGAACCAGCUGCUGCAGAUGGGCGUGAUGCUCACGACGGCGACCGUGGUGGUCACCGCUGGCAUCGUCGUAGUGAGCUUGUUCGGCAUGAACAUUCACAUCGAGCUGAUGGCGGAUCCGGAGACCCCCGAGAUGGCGAGGAUCAAGAACAUGAAGUUCUGGGAGACCACCUGGGGCACCGUUGCCGGCUGCGCCGCCAUAUACCUCCUGGCCAUCUAUGCAGGGAAGAAGAGCAAAUAUUUGCAGUGAUGGCGCUUUAUUCUCGGUGCCGCACCGGACAGAGGAAGCAUCGGACCGCAAGUUAUGCAGUCCAGGGCACGUUUUCGCCGUCACAAAGGGUUUCCCUGCCCUGAGAAUAUGAUACCAUAGCUUCGUUUGGGUAGGAAUAAUUGAAUGGUGGCUAAGAUCUGCCCUCUCGUAUCAUGAUUUACAAUUUCGUAGUUUAUUUUAA